AUGGAGUACCCGGUAAAGGAGGAGGAUGAUAACGAAGUUCAUGGUGAGUGAACGAAGUUCAUUGCACUUUAGGCCCAAAUUAGUAUAAGGAUUUUGUUUGCAGAGGACGAAGAAAUGGAAGAAGAAUGCGCUGAACUCACAUUGAACAACGACUACUUCGACAAUAGUUGGACAGUUCCUGGCACACAAACAUUCGCGUGUUUCUCAUUUCGGACUUUACUUGUGUUUUCGAAUUCCGACGUGGAGUGUCUAGAUAUGCGAAAACCUCAUCCUUGGCCUUUUCAAUGGAUUCCAAGUUUUUGUUUCUUUCGUCCAACACUGAAACUAUUCACGUUUUCAAGCUGGACGAAAGUACUAAGAAUUCAUUAGGCUGGCUCAGCAGUCUCAACAGUCUCAUGACGAAUGCCAAUGGAUUGGUGAUGAUUGAACGGAGUUUUGCAACCGCUAUGCUUCCUAUGACUGGACCCAGCAAAGUUGAUAUCGUGGAGUUAGUUUUUUGUUUCUGUUCUCCUCAUAAUCAAUUACUUUUCAGAUUCAAAGGCCACAGUUAUGUCCUGUCCGUAGCAAAUACGUCGUUGUUCAUCUACUGUCUGAAACCCGAAGGUGGAAAUAUGAAGCUGGUGGGCACUCAAUACAUUGACUCUGCAUGACAAAAAGAUGAAGGACUUGUUGGUCAUGAUUAAGUGAGUCUUACUUGAAGAUAGGCGAUUGAACGUAAUUAUACUUUUCAGACAACACGACUCGGCAAAUUAUCCCUUCCUGGAGUUCUAUCAGACACUCUAG